AUGUGGGCUAAAGUUGAUGACUAUGGCACCGCUCAACAGAACUUUAGACACACCUGCGAACAAAAUGAAGGUAUGGCUGGAUAUGGAUGGGAUGAGUAUGAUAUCCGAAAGGGUGGACGACAAACAAUUCACGAUGCCGGUAACUCUCUGGACCUCACUAUUGAUUUUAUCAAGGUUCCCGGUGGACAACAUGGAGGAAGUUGGGGUUUCCGGGUGAAGGGUGUCCCUCGUGAUGACGCAGACCCGGAUCAGCCCAUAUCGAUAGUAUUCUAUACGAGUCUGGAAGGAUUGGGCCAAGUGGGUGUUGAUCCUGACAGUAUUUCGAAUGAACCUGCGCUCGAAGGAGAUGUGAAAUUCACAGGCUAUACUUCCGAGCUCGGCGACUUCUCCAUCGAUGUCACAGCUGGCCCGGAAAGCAACGCGUAUUUCGAGCAUGAUCACCCUAGCUUCGAUGACAAACCAUUGGGCAAGGGUCUUGUACUCAGUGCUACUUUCCCGCCAAAUCAGCUUUGGCAGGCUAAAGGUAUCAUGUUCAGUGAAAUGAAGAAAGAGGUAGAUGAGAGCAUUCAGAAGUAUGGAGAAACAGCCCCUCCACCGCCAGCACAGCUUUUUACUAUUAAGCACGCCCCUGGCCAGGGUAACAUGCAUCUUGUCCAGAAGGUGUUCACUGGCUCCUUUGAGUUUGAUGUCCUUUUCUCCUCUGGCUCCGCCCCGAAGGUCGUGACAUCAGAGACUAUUACAAAGGAGCUCAAGCAAGUAUCGCUCUCGUUCUCGGAUAGAUUCAAUCAGGCUCUAGCGCCACAAGCGCCUUUCGAUUCGGCCGAGUACGUCGAAUUCUCUAAAGCUAUGCUCUCCAACCUAGUUGGUGGCAUUGGAUUCUUUCACGGUGAUGACGUUGUGGACCGGUCGAACGACGAUGCGUAUAGAGAGGAGGAUGAAGGCUUUUGGGAAGAGACUGCAGAGGCAAGGGCUGCAGCGAAGCCUGUUUUUGAGGGACCCAAGGACCUUUUUACUUGUGUUCCAUCCCGGCCAUUCUUCCCACGAGGAUUUCUCUGGGAUGAGGGUUUCCACUUGUUGCCUGUAUUGGAAUACGACUCCGACGUUGCUCUGGAUAUUAUCAAGAGCUGGUUCCACCUUAUGGAUGAAGAUGGGUGGAUUGCUCGAGAGCAGAUUCUAGGAAUGGAAGCUCGGAGCAAAGUGCCUGCAGAGUUUACUGUUCAGUAUCCUCAUUAUGCUAACCCACCCACUCUGUUCAUGGCGCUGGAAGCCUUCAUGGAUAAAGUGACUAGCAAUGAGAGCAUUCAAACUGAAUCAUUGGACAAUUCUGACGCUACUGAGGCGCUCCGCUCUGCCACACUGCGUAACCCGGAAAUCGCCCAUGCCUAUCUGCGCUCGUUUUACCCUCUGAUGAAGAAGCACUGGGCUUGGUACCGCAGCACACAGCAGGGCGAUAUCACGUCAUACGACCGUGAAGCCUACUCAACCAAGGAGGGAUACCGCUGGCGCGGGCGUUCUGUGCAGCACAUCUUGACCUCUGGCCUUGAUGACUAUCCCCGAGCCCAGCCACCGCACCCUGGUGAGCUGCACGUUGAUCUGAUUAGCUGGAUGGGAAUGAUGACCCGCACUUUGCGCCGCAUUGCCCAAAACCUAGGCGAGGAAGAUGAUGCUGAGGACUUCGCGGUCCACGAGAACGCUAUUACCCGCAACAUUGACGAUUUGCACUGGGAUGAGACAGAGCAGACCUUCUGCGACGCUACAAUCGAUGAGUUUGAAGAGAGUGUUCAUGUGUGUCACAAGGGCUACGUCUCCAUCUUCCCGUUCCUGACUGGCAUGCUGGGCCCUGACAGCCCCCGUCUCAAGCCUAUCUUGGACUUAAUCAGUGACCCAGAGGAGCUUUGGAGUGACUACGGUAUUCGCAGCUUAAGCAAAAAGAACAAGCACUAUGGUACAGAGGAAAAUUACUGGAGGAGUCCUAUUUGGGUUCAGAUCAACUAUCUGGUCCUUAGAAAUCUUCAUGCUAUCGCAACGGUGCCCGGUCCUCAGCAGGAGAAGUCUCGCGAUACGUAUUCCAAGUUGCGGAAGAACUUGGUCGAGAACGUCUUCCAGGAGUGGAAAAGGACUGGAUUUGCCUGGGAGCAGUAUAACCCUGAGACAGGCAACGGACAGCGAACACAGCACUUCACCGGCUGGACCAGUAUGGUGGUGAACAUCAUGUCCAUGCCAGACCUGCCCGAGGAUGCACAGGCUGGUCAUGACGAACUUCUUCUCGAUCGCUUUGGCGGUCCAAAUCACGUCUGCGUUCGGGGGGUGAAUAGCUGCGCUCUCUUCGCCCAUUUUUGUGAUGGUCAUCGCUCUCUCUCCGGCUUGGCUUCUUAUCAGGAUUUGGAUCGGUUCUCCCAUUAUUCCUCCAAUCAUUUCGGUUUCGAGAACGUGAGAUUGACCGCUUGCGACGGUGGUAGUCAGACCGAGAACGAGAACGAGACCGUGUUCGAUGCCUAUUGCUGCGGUGAUGACGUUCUCGCUCAUUAUGGUCCUUGCGAUGCCUUCGCUCCCUAUCCCGACCACGGUCAUCUCUGCGUCGUCGUGGGCUCCGACUGCGAUCUCCCCUGUGUCUUCGGCUUCCGCGAUGUUCUCUUUCUGUAUCUUUCAUCACUGUAUCUUCCUGUUUUGCGGCACUGCCUCCUAGUGGGGUAA